UGUACUUGCAACAUAAAAAAGAAUGGAUUAGAUGUUAUCUGUGAAUUUACUGACUUUAAUCAUAUUAGUAAGGCGAUGGAUAGUUUAAAAAGACGACAAAAUUCAAUCAUAUUUUACUUGAAAUUGAGACAUAAUAAUCUACCAAAACUCCAAGGAUUUGUAUUUUUAGGUUUAGAUAUACAUCAUCUUACUAUUCAUAAUAGCAGUCUGGCAGUUAUUGAAGAAACUUCAUUGUCAUCUAUUGGUAAAGCUUUAACUCAGUUAGAUAUUUCACAAAAUUCUUUGAUAGCCGUUCCAUCAGCAGCAUUGAAAACAUUACAUCAUCUUCUCAUUUUAAAUAUUAAUCAUAAUAAAAUUAGCAUUAUUCAUAGAAAAGCAUUUCAAGAAUUGGAUACUUUAGAAAUAUUAACACUCUAUGAAAAUAAGGUUUCUGCAAUUGAUCCUGAUGCUUUCAGAGGUCUUGACAAAAGAAAAUUAAAAAGGCUUAACCUAGGUGGUAAUGAAUUAAUUGAUAUACCAACUUCAUCAUUAUCAUCUUUGAAUAUGUUAAAAAAAUUAGAAAUGCAAGAAAAUCGUAUAUCAACGAUAAAAACAGGAGACUUUCAAGGAUUAAGAAAUCUUGAUUCUCUAGGACUUGCACAUAAUGAACUUCAAGAAAUAUCAGCCCGUGUUUUUUCUCAUUUAAUACUAUUAAAUUCAUUAGAAUUAGAAGGAAAUCAAAUAACUCAUGUUCACCCUGAUGCAUUUAUAGGCUUAGAAGAAAAUUUGCAGUAUUUAAAAUUAGGUGACAAUAAUUUACAUUCAGUACCGUGUGAUGCCCUACGUCGAUUGCAUCGUUUAAGACAUUUGGAUUUACGAGCUAAUAAUAUUACUAUACUUUUAGAAGAUUCUUUUACUGGUUAUGGCGAUUCAAUAACUUUUCUUAAUUUGCAAAAAAAUAUGAUUAAAAUUCUGCCAACUAUGAUUUUCGAAGCAUUAAACUCCUUAGAAAUACUAAAUCUACAAAAUAACAAAUUAACUCAUAUUCCGGAGGAUGUAACAGAAAAUUUAGUAGAUACAUUGAAAGUUAUUGAUAUAACAGAUAAUCCUCUUAUUUGCGAUUGUGAACUACAUUGGUUUACUGCAUGGUUAACUAACCUUCGAGAUAAAGAUGAUGAAAUAAUGUCAAAAAAAAGAACUAUAUGUACAAUGCUUUCAGAACAUCGAGAAUAUCCUGUUCAAAAAAUGCCGUUACAAAAAUUAGGCUGUUUAAACAAUAAAAAUCCUAUACGAGCAUUAUCGACAUCUGGCUCUCCGUAUAAAACAAAUUUUCUUAUUUUAACAAUAUGGUGUCUAAUAAAUAUGUGAAGUCAUAAGCGAAGUUCUCUAAAAUAGAUAAAUGAAAUUUAAUUGAAAACUGCACAUAAAAAUUGUUUUA